AUGACGUCUUUGAUUGGCACCCAUUCAGGAAAAUUUCACUGCGAUGAAGCGUUUGCUUGCUUCAUGCUGAAGCAGCUGAAGCAGUUUAAGGAUCACUCCAUUGUGAGAACUCGUGAUCCAGCUCAGCUCGAAAAGUGUGACAUCGUUGUAGACGUCGGUGGUAUCUUCGAUCAUUCCAAACAACGGUACGACCAUCAUCAGAGGGGAUUCACUGAGACCAUGCGAACUUUGGAGAAGCUCAAUUUUGAUACCAAAUUGAGCUCUGCUGGACUUGUCUAUGCUCAUUAUGGCAAGGACGUUAUCAACCAGAUCCUCGGUGGAAAUGUCCCCCCAACUAUGGUGGAUCUCUUCUACCAUCGACUCUAUGAGCAGUUCGUCGAAUCGAUCGAUGCAAUCGACAACGGAAUCUCCCAAUACGACGGUGUUCCUCGCUAUCACUCGCCAGGAAAUCUCUCUUCGCGUACCGGACAAUUCAAUGCUCACUGGAACGAACCGGGUAACAACGACGACGAGCGAUUCCAGCAAGCGAUGGAAUUCAUCGGAGGAGAAUUCGAGCGAUCUGUGAAGUAUCUGGCGAACGUGUGGUGGCCGGCAAGAGAGAUUAUCGAAGCUGCUGUUGAUGAAAGAUUCGAGAAUGAUCCAUCCGGAAGGAUAAUUCUGAUUGAGAACGGUGGAUGUCCAUGGAAAGAGCAUUUCUUUGAUAUUGAAGCCGAGAAAAAUAUCGCUGACGACAAGAUCACUUACAUCUUGUUCUCUGAUUCUACAAACUCUUCGUGGCGCGUCCAAGCAAUUCCAAUCGACAAAAUGUCUUCAUUCGAAAACCGUAUGCCUCUUCCAGCCGCCUGGCGUGGUCUUCGCGACGAUGACCUCAGUAAGGAAAGCGGAAUCCCCGGCGGCGUCUUCGUCCAUAUUUCCGGCUUCAUCGGAGGAAAUCUGACUCGUGAAGGGGCGCUGGCCAUGGCACGCAAGGCUCUCGAAAUCGGGGAAGAGAAUCCGGCUGCUAAGAAGCAAAAGUUGGAUAAUUAA